AUGUCGUCCAGUGGUGUGCAAACAGCAUCCCAUGGCACAGGGCCCGAGCAACUAAACGGCUCGGAUCCCAACCAUAAUAAUAAAAUAGCCACCAACGAAACCGUGGAGCCCAAGUACAGGAAGCGGACGUUGGUGAAGAAGCACUCGGGUCCCUCCAACCUAAAGUACCUGAUAUGGCUUGCGGGCCACGUGCUCUCGAUCGUGUUUGGUGUUGUGACUUUCACCUGGCAGGUUCUCUGGUUGCCCAAUGUCUUCUAUAUCAACUCAAUCAGUUACAGAUUGUCGCUCAUUGGUUCUGUCAUGGCGUUUGCCGCCACGGUGUCCAAGAAGUACGGCUGGCGCUACUUGCCGCCGUUCUCCACGUUGUUCGCCCAGCAGAACUUCCAGUUCCUUGCCAUGUCAGUGAUCUGGUGCUUCACAUUCAAGUCCGUCUUCAAAAUCAUUCCCACAUUCAUGAUUUCUCUCUUGCAGUUGUCGGCACACAAGAAAAUCGACGUGGUGCUCAAGCAUUCGGACUUCUUGGCGUUGCUUAUUUCCUAUGACCAGUUGGCGCUAGUGGUGUACUUGCUCAUCCGCACGUUGCUCUUCAGGUCCACGUCCGGCUACCAAAUGGUAAUAGUGGUGGUUUUCAUGUGGUUGAGGGCCUUGUUUGACAAGGGCACAGCCAACUUGCUUGGCUACGCCGUGAACAAGGCGGACGGCAAGAUUUCAGGGAUCAAAAACGAGAAAGUUCGCAAGGCAUGGGGCAAAAUCAAGCACUUCCUCGCCGAGAAGCAGCGGCACGGGAUCUACUCGGAUGGACUAGAUGACGAGGACGCGCAAUAUCUCUGA